AUGCAGCAGCAACAACAGCAGCAGCAGCCGCAGCAGGGCGCUGCAGGGGCACCAAACCCCAGCCAAGGGCAGCAGCAGGCGCAGGCAGCCGUGGCCGCGGCGGCCUCGGCGCAGCAGAUGGCGGCGGCCGCCAGCGCGCAGCAGGCGGCAGCGCUAGCGGCGAUGCUGCCUGCGGCGGCCGCGGGCGGCGCACGCCCCGCGCUGGCGCUGCACCCAGCCCUGGCAGCCAUCCAGGGCAAUCAAGGCCUCACCAUGCUUCCGAUGGCAGGGCCGGCAGGCACCUUCACUUUUGCCGCCCGCCCCGGCAUGCCCCAGCCCUUCUUCUAUCCCGCCGUGCCGCAGCCGGUGGCGCCAUUGGCGCCCUCGCCGUCUGCCGCAGCCGCAGCGGCGGCAGCAGCAGCCCGCCGCCCCAGCAGCCGCCCCGGCAGCCGCUCUUCCUCGGCUGCGGCCGCCGGCAAGAAGCAUUGCAACUGCAAGAACUCGCGCUGCCUCAAGCUCUACUGUGAGUGCUUUGCCUCGGGCCGCUACUGCGACGGCUGCAACUGCCUGAACUGCUACAACAACCGCGAGCACGAGGCCACGCGGCAGUCGGCGGUGGAGGCGAUACUGGAGCGCAACCCAAACGCAUUCCGGCCCAAGAUUGCGCCCGGGGCGGACAACCGCCGGGCUGGCGGUGCGCGGCACAACAAGGGGUGCAACUGCAAGAAGAGCGGGUGCCUGAAGAAGUACUGCGAGUGCUUCCAAGCAGGCAUCGUGUGCAGCGAGAUCUGCAAGUGCCUUGACUGCAAGAACUAUGAGGGCAGCGAGGCGCGGGACGCGCUAGUGUCGCCUCAGGGCGAGCGCCAGGGCUCCCCCGUGGGGCUGCGCCGCACAUCCCGCACAAUCUCUCCUUCAGGGCCAGGCGCGCGGCCAGGCUUCGCAUCGCCGGGCGCGGCCGCGCCUGCCGCUGCAGCAGGAAGCGGCUCCCUGCCCAGCCUGGCGCAGCUGCAGCAGGCGCAGGCGGCCGCGGCGGCGCAGGCGGUGGCGGCGCAGGCGGCGGCGGGGCAGCCCGCAUCGCUGGCGGCCGAGCAGAAGCAGCAGGUGGCGCGGGAGGUGGUACGGGAGGUGGUCAAGCCGGAGCUGGUGGAGAAGCUGGCCAUGCUGCUGAUGCUGGUAUCCCAGGAGGAGCACGAGCGGCGGCAGCUGCCCACGCCCUCGCCCUCCCACUCGGCAGCAGCGGCGGCGACCCAGCGGGAGGCAGAAGGAGGCGCACAGGCUGCAUCGCCCGGCAGCAGCCCCGCUGGUGCUGCUGGCGGCGGCGCGGGGGAGGAUGAGGCCGCCGCCAUGGAUGUGGACAUGGCACAGCAGGCGGCGGCGGAGGCGGCGGGCGGCGCUGCCGGGAAGGAGGAGCCGGCGGAGCAGGCGCCGGCGGCGGAUGCGGCCCUUGUGAAGCUGGAAAGCAUGGAUGUGGAUACCGGAGCGGAGGCGGCGGUCGUUGGGCCCGCGACGGCGGAGCAGCGGGACGCGGCGGCACCCGCUGCAAACGGCGGCGCGGGCGAGGAGGAGGCCGAGGAGAUGGGGCUGUACGCUGCUCAGGAGCGGCUGGUGCUCACAGAGUUUAGAGACACAAUGCAGAUGAUCUCUCGUCUGGUGGGAGAGAAGGUGGAGAAGAAGGUGCAGCAGGCGCAACAGGCGCAGCAGGCGCUGCUGCCCACAUCGCAGCAGGGCACGCCCAGCGUGGUGGGCAUGGCGCCGCUGCCGCAGCUCAGGCCAGCAGCGCAAGCCAGCCAGCCCGGCAGCGCGGGCAUGUUCAUGCCCGGCCAGCCCCAGCUGGUGCUGCUGCCCCCCGCGCUGAUGGCGCAGCAGCUGGCGGCGGCGGGGCAGACCGCCAACGCGCUGGGCAUGGCGAUGACCCUGCAGCAGACGCCGCAGGGCUUCCAAGCGGUCUACAAAUCCAUGGAUCCCCAGCAGGCUGGCGCCGCCGCCGCUCCCGCAGCAGCAGGCGCGCCGGCAGGCACGCCUGUGUUGCAGCCGCUGCAGCUGCCGCCGCUGCCGCAGCCGCAGCCGCAGCAGGCGCAGCAGCAGGAGGCGGCGGCCACCCCUGCCGUCGACGACGGCGGCACGCAGUAG